CAGGGCUCAGUUGCCUGAGAGCUACACUGUGAUUCAGAUAAUGGAGAAUCUUCUCGUUCCUCUGAAAAGCCUUAUUGCCACAUGGCUGAGCCCCAGCCACACUACCUUUGCGAUGGAUAUGAUCCUCACCUUUGUGGGUGGAGUGGGGCUCUUCCUUUUGUUACUGCCCUGGCUCCAGGGUAAAUCAACCUUACAGCCAGGGAGGAAAACUAGAAACCUCAGAAAGCAUCCAGUGCUGAUGAGGUGGAAGCGCAGGAGUAGGAAGAGGACAGGUGCUCACCUAGACUACCAGAUUUACCGGAAGUUGGAUAAGAAGCUAAUUUCCCUUUUGAAAAGACACCACCCUGCUGAUGUGUGUACAAGAACACCUGUCAUGGCCCCACAGCCAGAUGGGGAGAAAGCAGACCCUUCUGCUCCUUCCCUGGUAGAGGCUGCCCCCUCUCCUCUCAUUCUGCACCUUUCUCCUCCGGCCUCCUCUCCAUCACCAGGCCCAUCAGCAACCUCCUCCGAUUUUGUGUGUUCACCCACACCCUUUACCAACUCUCAAACCCCAGAGCACCUGCUUCCCCUGGGAAGACUUUCACCCCGGCCACUUGCACUUUCCCUUUCCCCACCAUGUCCCCCAGAUCCUGCCACAACCCCGCAACCCUGGUGGGACACAAAAGAGAAGCCAGAACGGCAGCUCGGUCCUCAGCAACUCUCAUAUCCCAAGAUCCUGGGGACCUACUUUUGGCAGAAAUGGACCCAGCUUUUCUGGGGUCUGCCCUCUCUGCACAGUGAAUCCAUAACAGCUGCUGCCUGGGUCUCUCAGAACCCUCCCGUUCCACACCUUCCCACCUUCUUAUUCAACAGAACCUCACCUGUUUGCCCAGUUCACACACAGGAUCAAAUGUCCCUGCUGCUUUCCCUGGCCCAGGCCCCAUCCUGUCUGGAGCCCCAAUCCCAGGCCCCAGCUCUGGGUCAGGCCCAGACUUGGACCCACCUGCAAUCCUCUCCCCCCAUCCUGUUAGCACCUUCUCUGCUCCUCAAUAGGGGCUGUGGAGCAUCCUGUUCUACAUCCCAUAACCCACAGUCACUCAUCUCAGAUGAAAUUCAACACCCAGGAAGGCCCUUGUCAAAGAAACACCUAGAACAUGGGCGGACUGUUCCCUCAGCAGUCCAAAGCCCUCAGAAGGGUUACUUUCCCUCCACUCCCAACCUUUGCCAAGGCAAGGGUGCUGCUACCACUCUUCAUGAGAAUUUUUCAAUCAGCUCUGAGGACUGGGAAAAACUAGAGCAACACAUUUGAAAGUGGCACAUUCAUCACCAGUGGGACCUGCCCUGCAGGAUCCAGGAGUCUCAAGAACUCACACAGCCUCAGUGUGACUUAGCUCAUUCACCUCAGGUAAAGGACAAACCCGGGCUCUCACAGUCAUCUGUGCCUACAGAUGAAUGCAGCAAGGAUGUGCAGAAGAUGAAGUUCCAGCUAAUGAGGGACUCAGGCAAGAAUUUGGGGCAUAUUCUAUGCAAGGUACCCAAAGAUCUCUCCAGGGACCUAGGAAGCUCCCCCAGUAAGAUUCUGGAGACAGUCUCUGAGGAGUCAGAGAGAAACCUGAUGUGGCCCAUAGACAGUGACACAAGAAAUGACUCAUUCGGAAGCAGAGAUAAGACAUGUCUAGAAGUCAUGCUGAAACCACAUUUGGAUGUGAAGAUGUGGCAGAUCCGUGAGGGGCUGAUCCCUCUGAGAGUGCGCCGGUCCUGGCUCAUUGUAAACGGUGUCUUUUCCACGACUCACACCCCCAAGAAAACCAGAAAUCCAGCAUCCUCCAGGAGUCAGAAAACCUGUGUGAGCACUAUCCAGAAGUUUUUCCCCAAUCCACACACUCUGCAGGACCUGGAGAUGCACAGUACAAGGCUUAAGGUGUGGCACAGGUGGAGCCUCCCCCUCAAGCUCCUCAAGGUUGUAAACAUCUUUAAGUCAACAAAGGCUGCACCCUCACCCUUUCCACAGUGUGCCUGAAACUGGACAGCUCAACAGUGAGCAGCAGGGCCAGAGGCAUCCCCACCCCUCCUUCCCCAUCAAGGCUGUGUCCCCAGUCAGCCCCUCCCAGUGUGGCCCAACAGUGUCCAGGGCACCAGGCCAACAAUAUUACUGUUCAAGGCAUAGUAUUCUUCAGAGAGGUGUCUUGACUGGACAACAGGGAAAUUUCUCUCCAGGUUGUCUUAGUAGGAAAACAUAUGUCCAAGAAAAAAAUAAUCUAUAUAGAGGAAAAUGAUUUUUCUCAUGUUAUGCAUCCAAGAUAUUUACUGUAACCCAAAACACCGAUGUUUCCUCCUAAGAGAAAUGGCUUCUGUCUGCUCUGUGCUUGGUGUGGGCUCUGGUGUCUAGAAGGGAGCAGUGUAGUGGAGGUGACGGGGGUACAAGCCCACCUUCAUCCUUAUUUCCUUCACUGAUCCUUGCUUCCAUCAUUACAGGAACAAAAACUCUAAAAACAAGCUGGGGAAAACCAGUGACAAUCCUCCAACCCCAGGAUCUGGUUCAACCCAUCUUUCCACUGCUCCCUGCUCCCCUACCUUA